AGAAAGAGAAGAGAGACAAAGCCAUCUUGGAAGCAGAGUCCGCCAGCAGCCUACAUUCAGAUACUUCCUCCCCAAAAGCACCCGUCACCGUAGAAAACCUUCUAGACUUGGAAAAUGUAACCAAAGCUCCUUUGAACACAAAUUCUGUGCACGCGGAUGGCCGAAUCCUUGGGUCCCCUUCAUCAGAAAACAACAACGUGUGGGCAAUGAAUGACGAACUGGAUGAAGCAUUUUCAAGGCUGGCACAGUCCCGAACCAACCCACAAGUCCUUGACAUCAGCCUGACAUCUCAAGACAUCCAAAGUGCUCAAAUCCUCUCACCGGUUGACUGGGACAAAGUAGAUUCCACAAUGGAGACUGAAAAAGAUGACCAACUCUUUGAGUUCUGACAUCUUUUUUUUUUGUUUCCCUUGAUAAGCUUUUUUUCUCCUCAAGUAAGAUAACCUCUAAGAACCUGAUGCACUGUAUUCUGCUGACUGUAACUGGAAAAGGUUAAUGAAAAGAAAAGAGGCCCCAAAGCCUUGAUUUGGUUUAGGUAGGAGUCAUGUUGACGCCCUUCAACUUUUGACCAAAGUUUUACUUCAGCUUUUCCCCCCAAGUGUCUUCCAGAUAUAUUAGGACUAUAGCAAUGGUCGGCAACCUUAAAAACUCAAAGACCCACAAAGGUCCUAACCAAAAGCCCCUCCAUUCAAUUCUGGAGCCGGC